AUGUGGAAAAUCUUCCAAAGUAUAAAAGAAGGCUGUUGGGAAGUGGGAGAAAGUAUUAGUAGGAAUGAGGAAAUUCAUACUGUUAUAGGAAAAUUGUUCGCUUUAAGCAUCAAUCCUGCGAUUGCUACCACUAUUGUAUGCUCAAUCAUAGUCUUACUCUGGACGCACGGAGACAGCAAGAAAAAGUACUACAAGUUUAUAAAAGCUUCUUUGCUGCCAUGCCUGUCAUUACUUAUGACAAAGUGUAUCUUUGCUCUGUACUUCUACUACUUUAACAACACAGUUACACCCUGUUUUGUGACUGAAUAUGGCAUCUUCAAAGAGAUAGCAAUUUUUUGCAUUCUUAUAGACAUUGUACUUCUCAUACAUCCUCUUUUUUCCUAUGUUAAUCCUACAACAGAGCCAGAAAACAAGUUCAAAUCUUUUAAGAUACUAUUUUUGACUGUUUUCGGCUAUCUUGCGUACUGCAUUACAGUCUAUCCAAUAAUCUGUAGCAAAAUAGAAGAUGAUUCAACAUUCGGUAAUACAAAGUCCAGGGAUGUAUUGCUGUCUAUGAAGUUCGAGACUGCGCUUCUUGUAUUCCUUUAUGUAAGUACCAUAUUUGGCUUAUACUUGACUUUCCAGGCACAUAAGGACCAGCCCAAAGCAGAAAUUGUUUGGAAAUUCAAAAGACCUGGCAAAACGACAGAAAGUGAGCGUGGUAAACAAACCUCAUUUGCUAACAAGUCCCAAUGA